AUGGAAAAUGAAAUAAAAGAGGAGAAUUUGGAUAAUUUUUUAGCUCAAUUAAAUAAAUUAAAUCAAAUAAUUACCUCAUUUAAAGAAAGCACUAAAAUAGCAUCAUAUUGUUUUAAUAAAUGUGUUAGUUAUCCAGAAAAAAGUUUAAGUAAAUCAAAUAAAAAAUGUAUAUGGAAUUGCACCCAAAGAUAUUUAGAAUGUGAUUAUUUUAUAAAGAGAAGAUCAAAAGAUAAGAAAAACUUAUCUAAUUUUAAUUUGUUAGAUGAUAUGAAUAAAUUAACAAAACUUAGUAAAUUAAGCAAUGAUUCAGAAUAUAUUUUAAAAGAUUAA